AUCAAAAGCGCAUGUUUACUUUUUCAUCGGCGGCCACCAUCAGUGAAGACUUUCGUGCGUGAGAAAAAGAAUCUGCUUUUUUCUGCGGUGCCAGCAAUCCGUUCCAAGUGGAAUCUGUACAAGUUACCCGCACACACGCCCACACAAUGUCCGCGACCGAGGAGAAACCGGCGGCCAAGGAGCAGCAGCAGCAGAAACCGAAGGUGGUUCUGACGGCGGAUCAGCAACAGAUUUUCGACCGGAUCUCGAAGAACGAAGUGAGUGAGUUGAAGCUGGUUCUUGGGCAGUUCAAGCAGAGUGUGGACUUUGUGGACGAGAAUGGGAUGACUCCGCUGCAGCACGCUGCUUAUAAGGGGAACAAGGAAGCCGUGCAGCUGCUGCUGGACCAGGGCGCGGACGUGAAUUCCGGCAAGCACGAGUACAACUACACGGCGCUGCACUUUGGAGCGCUGUCCGGAAGUGUGGACGUGUGCGUGAAGCUGCUGCUGGCUGGGGCUAAUCCGAACGCGGUCAAUUCGGUGGGCAGGACGGCGUCCCAGAUGGCGGCGUUUGUAGCGAAUCAUCAGGUCGUGGCCACGAUCAACAACUUCGUUCCGGUGAAGGAGGUGGAGCACUUUACGAAGAGCCCGGCGAGCGAUCCGUUGCUGCCGGUGGUGCACCUCGAGGGCUUCCACAAGUUUGUGAUGCAGAUCAACAUUCACCCGGUGCGAAUCGCGUUGAAUCUGCAAAAGUACGGACUAUUUGGGGAGGAUUUGAAGCGGCUUAAAAAGGCGCUGGAUGAGAUGAUGGAGCGGGAGAUGAAGCGCCGGACCGAGGUCAACGAGGUGAUGGCGUUCAAGUUCCACUAUUUGGGAUACUUUUUGAACGAGAUCGCCAAGUGCCGGGACUACUUUUUGGCCCGAAAGGACAAGGCCGACAAGGAGGGAACGGGCGCCAAGGACCAAAAGAGCUUGGACUUUGUAGAGCUGUUUGCAAAGCGAGUGCUCAAGUUGGGCAAGGACGGCUCCCUCGAGUACAUCGAGGCGACGAUCCGCGAGUGCGUGCGCGAGUUCCCGUUCCGAGAGUGCACCAUCUUCCGCCAGGUGGUGACGCAGCUCGCGAGCAAGGAAAAUCCGGCGUGCGCCCUCGAGAUCAUCAAAGCGGCCAUCAACGGGCAGCGUGGCUUCCAGGACACGAUUUCCUUCUGCAGCUCGUGCGGCGAGGAAAAGCCCGACAAAAAGUGCUCCAAGUGCAAGGAGGUGCAAUACUGUGACCGCGAGUGCCAGCGGCUGCACUGGUUCAUGCACAAGAAGGUCUGUGCCCGGCCGGUGGCGCCCACGGCUGGCGCGCAGGGGCAACCCGGCGGCAAGGAUGCCAAGAAGGAGAUUGAUUCGGCCGAAAUCAGCGAGCAGCUGCAAAAGCUCGUCGCGAGUUAAGAUGGACCAAGGACGAAGAAGUACAAGAGAUCAGAGGGAGAGCAUUUGUAAAACACACACACUUUUUUAGAGGGCGAAGGAAUAAAUCGCACCAUAAUUGGAGAAUAAAAGUUAAAGAAUCAGACGAUACUAAACUAUUGUGUGGAGAAAGGUGAACUAAAGGGAAACUUACUAAAGUUGGGAAAUAUGUACUAAACCAGUAAGCAGUCAAUCAUUCUAUGUAACGUAGAAUUUGUAUGUGUCAUUUGCUAUCUUUUGAAUGUCAAUAAAACAGAACAGAAUAUACCUACCAA